AUGUUGCUAUGGAGAAACUUGGUGUAUAACAUUGCCCUACCGUUCAAGAACCUCAAUAAGGAAGAUAGAAUCAUUCAACUAUGUCGUUUGUUCACAUGUGUUUUAGCAAUAGUGUGUUGUUUGGUAUGCAUAGUUGCACCAAGAGUCACCAAUACAACUUACGCAGCACGUAUAAAUUGUGCCCAUUUGGAUGUGGCUAAUGGGCUAUAUGAGUCCUUGAGAAACUCAGUGACCCAAGUCUUUAGUCCUGCGAUUUUCAACGAUCAGAUGAGUGGAACAGGGAAUUCGUUGACAAAUAGUGAAAUCAGAUUGAUUACCGAGUAUGCUGAGACACAAGUGGCAGGUAGUCCACAGUACUGCAUUUCUUCAUUGUGGACUUGGUGCUACGGUAAUUAUGAAACAUAUACGGUAGUAGAUAAGCAUGGGAAGGUUCUUACAAAGAAGAAAAACGAAGUCUUGACAUGCACUGAUAAAAGCUCCUACGUGUUUGAUUAUAUCAAUCAAUUGGAAUCCAUUGGCUUGGAGAUUAUAUUAGCUUAUGCCUAUCAAAGCUCAACGUUUGCCACAACACUGUAUGAAAAGCUAGUCAGUUCAAGAAACGCAAAGUUCCAAUUUGCCUUUAAUGGGAUCAUUUUUACUUGCUGUGCACAAUUUGUGAUUUUGCUAUGUAUUUUUGUUAUUUACUCAAACCGUGGCUCGUCAAGAGAUUUAUCGAAAAUCCCUGCCUUGGUUUUACACGUCGUGACGUUGAUUUCAUUGGCUUCCUCCCUCAGUAUAAUUAUUGGACUGGCAAUGAUUACAAACUUGUUUAUUAUCACCAGAAAUGAGAUUAAGAGUAAAUUGGGCGAUUUUGGAGUAACAUUUCAUAUGGGUUCCAAAUGGUUUCUGUUUUUAUCACUUUCAGCAGUAUUUGCAACAUUGUCACUGGUUUCAUGGGUUUUCCCUAUGUGGUGUGCCAAUCCCCUGAUUAGUCUCACUGAUCGAGAUGACGAAGCGUCCUUUUAUGAAGUGCCCACAAGAAGAAAUAACAUGGAAGAAUUUAGCAGGCAAGCUGAUUUCCAGACGAGGAGGUUUAAAUCUUCUGAACACAAUGGUGGGCAUGGCAGAACCAAGAUAGGUAAUAUAUUCCAUAAUCCUCGUCAUGCCGUUCACCAGGACGACCACCACGAGGAAGAAAUGAGAAAGCUAGGUGAAUCUUUAUCAAAAAAAUCAUCGGUAAGAAGAACAAAGUCCUUGGGAGCUAGAAAGGCGGAACUCGAAGAGCAGGGUAUCUUGCUAGAUAAUUUUGCAUUCAAGGAAGAUUAUCCAACUAUACAAGAAGAGACAUACGAUGGAUAUUCGAGUAGAUCUGUAUCUAGAUCAGCUCUGGAUAAAGUCACUAGAAAGGUUUCUGACAAGCGACAGCGCCAUUUAAUCAAGAGCCCAUUUGACGAGGAAGAUAAAAUGGAUGGCAUAUCACCAAGAAACUCGUAUCUAGAAGAUGACGAGUUGCAACUAUUAGAUAACCAAAUGUUCAAUUUGAAAAAAUAG